GGAGCGGCGUCCGGCAGCCAGCCCCCUUAUCUGGACUCGCUGCCUCCUCUCUCGCCUCUACUGCGAGUCCGGGAAUACUGAUUCCAGACUCGGGUUAUAUUUCUUCGCAGAUCUAACCAUGGCGGAAUCCAAGACGCAGUCGGAGGCUGCGACGGCCGCGACCCCACACGCAGAGGGAACCUUAAGCGGUGCUGGGGAGGCGACGUCACCAGCGGCAGCGGAGCCCACACAACAACAACAAGCCCAACCGUCCGGGCACGGCUUGUUGCAGCCUGACGAUGCCGCGGCUAGAGAUGACAGCCGGCCGCCGUCGACCAAAUCACGCACGCCACCCAAGUCGAUAGACAUCGACAAGUCGAAACCCCAGGACUUUGAUGGGGAGCUCGCGACGACGGACGAGCUGCCGCCGGCCGUGAUCCUGCGCAAGAUCGACAACUACGUGGUGCUGGACCGUCAUGGCAAGUCGCACACCUUCCAGAGCCUCUACAAUUGGCCAAACGUCGCGAGGCGUGUUCUUGUCGUCUUUGUGCGGCACUUCUUCUGCGGUAAUUGUCAGGAAUACCUCCGCUCGCUCUCCGAAUCCAUCAAACCUGAAGCCCUCUUGCGACUGCCGAUAAGCACAUUCAUCGUCGUCGUCGGGUGCGGCGACCCGGCUCUCAUCGACAUGUACGUCGAGGCGACGGAGUGCCCGUUCCCCGUGUACACGGACCCGACGCGGUCGCUGUUCGACGAGCUCGGCAUGGUCAAGACGCUGGCGCUGGGCGCGAAACCCGCGUACAUGAAGAGGGGCAUGCUGCGGACCAUGGCCGACGGCAUCGGGCAGGGGCUGCGCUCCAUCCCGCGCGGGCUCGCCCUCAAGUCGGGGGACCAGCGGCAGGUGGGCGGCGAGUUCUUGUUCGAGCCGCUCGACGUGGUGACGCCCAUCGGCACGCCCGAGGAUGGGCGCCUCAGGCCCGCGGCCAUUGGGACGGUGGGGCCAGAGGGAGGUGUGGACGGCGCUGACGCCGGGCCCAUCGAGGAGAAGCGGGUGACGUGGUGCCAUCGCAUGAAGACGACGAGGGACCACGCUGAGAUACCGGAGCUGAUGGAGAUUUUGGGGCUCGACGGCUACGGACAGCCGAUCAAGGAUGAGAAGAGGUGGUCUAAGGCGCUCCAGGAGCGGAAAGGGACGGGGUUGACCAUGGCGAGCGAGAUGAGCAAGAUUGACGAGGCGGAGGCGAAGGCGUCUUGACGGGUGAUGGGCGUGACGACAUGAAACGAAUUUGAUUUUUUUUUUCUUGUUGGGAGCGUGCAUGGCAUUGUUGGCCUGGGACUGAGCGUGUUUGCUGCUCUCUACUGUCGAAUCUGAAGCCUAUGGGUCGCUAGUUUGAUGGCUGUCUUUUCUCUUAGCAUUAAGCCUCUAAUUGUACUUUUAUUCAUGCA